UAGUGCACUGGGCGUGGAAAUCAGCGAACAUCAACAAGAGGAAAAAGACAAGGAAACAAGAAAAUUGGUCGGGCUUGGAUUUGGAUUAUUUUAAUACAAGAAUGUAUUUUUAACUACAAAUUAUCGAAAUGGGGCCUUAAGGAAACAGUGUAUAGCUUUAUACACUACGCUAUUUUAUUAUUUUUCUAUUUUUGACACCGUUUGUUUUUCUUCUGAGAACAGAUUUUUUUUUCUGACAAGAAUGAAGGGCUUUCUGAACCAAGAUCAGGAGAAGGAAGCCUACACACUCAUGAAAGAACUGAGGUCCAACCUGGAGCAAGAAGCCAUCUACUUGCCAAGGGAAGCCGGCCUGAAGCUGAUCGAGUCCACUGUGGAGAAAAAGAAUGGAAUCUCUGCUAAAUGCAGGGAUACUAUUGUGGAGGAUCUCUGGAGUCUGACCAGCUUUUUUGGCUACAGCACCCAGACCUUCGUCCAGGCUGUGAACCUCCUAGACAGGUUCCUCGCCAUGAUGAAGGUCCAGCCCAAGCACCUGCCCUGCAUCGGAGUGUGCUGCCUCCACAUAGCAGCCCGCGAGCUGGAGGAGGAGUGCAACGUGGCACCUUCCCACGAGCUCAUCCGCAUCAGCCAGUGCAAGUUCACCGUGUCGGACCUCAGCCGCAUGGAGAAGAUCGUCUCGGAGAAGCUAGAUUUCCGCUUUAAAGCUGUCACUGCCCUAACCUUUUUGCACUUGUACCACGCAGUGGCGCUCUCACAUACCUCAGACAGGAAGGAGAUUCUGAACCUCGACAAACUGGAGGCUCAGCUGAAAGCCUGCCUCUGCAGACUAGUUUUUUCAAAAGCAAAACCAUCUGUCCUCGCCCUCUCACUAAUGACCCUGGAGAUUGAAGCCCUCCAGUCCGUCGACCUGCUGGAGAUUGUCCAGAGGGUUCAAAGGCACCUUAAGAUAGCCGACAGUGAGCUCCUCUGCUGGAAAGAGCUCGUGGCCAAAUGUAUGGCAGAGUACCUGUCACCCGAAUGUAGCAAACCCGACAACAAGAAGCUGGUAUGGAUCGUGUCUCGACGGACAGCGCAGAAUCUGCACGCCAGCUAUUACAGCGUCCCGGAGCUGCCCACCAUCCCGGAGGGCGUUUGGGACGAGAGUGAAAGUGAGGAUUCUUCUGAAGACAUGAGUUGUGGGGAGGACACCCUCAGCAGCUCUGCCGGCAGCGAUGGAGAGGGCGCCUUCUUCCCUCGCCAUUACUGCCGCCCUUAGAUCACACCUCCAUGUGUCCAUGGGUACAGGCGACAUGCCACGGUGCUAUUAAUAGUCAUUGCUUUCCUUAUUUAAAAAGAAAGAGAAAAAUCGAAUAAUUUAUCAUAUCAGUAGGGCUUAUAAAAUCUGCCUUUUUGCAUUCUGGCAGCGUUAUCUAUUAGGCCUAACCAAGUGCCUGUUCAACGAUAUACUGUAUGUCGGUUGGUUAUACUCAAAAUCUCCCAGGCUGAUGCUGAAUAAUUCUGGCAGCUGAUUCUGAACAGAUAUUUCAACCAAAUGGUUAUUUUUUUUUUUUCGGUAUGUUUUUGAAGUUGAUGCAUGUUUAGACUCGUCACAUUCCAGGUGAUGUUAAAAGCACAAGGGUAUCGUGCUGCUGCUCCUGUGAUGUUGUAGACCUGUAAACCGUAAAGGAUUGGAGACUGUUCAGCUCACAUACGGAGCCCCUAUUGCACGAGUUUUUUUUUUUUUGAUGAAAGACUGACUUCGGAGGCUAAAGUCACAACACUGCUAACAGACCAGCUAGUGUACUCAAUCUUCCAAGUUUGUAUGUUGUUCGAGUUUAGAGUAUGCAUGGUGUUGAAAUAUAGAGUAUGCCUUGUUUGUGACAGUUUUGUUUAAAAACCACUUCAGAUAGUCAGAAUGUGAUAGAAACCUAUAAAUGUCAGAUUGACAUUGUACGUGUGCUAUAAAUGCAGUAAAACUGUUCAAAUGUAAAUAGAAAAAACUGUAAAAAACGUUGUAAAAAUGAAAACUUUAAAAACAACAUAUUGUAGCCCUGUGAAUAGUGUGCAUUAGAAAUUAACUUAUUUCCUAUUGUGAUAAAUGUUUUUGUCAUUGUUUGUAAAACAUCAAAAUACAAAUACUAUUUUGAAACAUG